AUGUUCGUAGCGCGAUUCAUGCUUGGAUUCGGUAUUGGUCUCAAAUCCGCAACGGUGCCCAUGUACGGCGCCAUUUCAGCGGCACCAUCCUCCAUCCGUAGUGCAUUGGUCGUGCAAUGGCAGAUGUGGACGGCGUUUGGGAUGAUGGUUGGCUAUGCAGCUGAUCUGAUUUUCUAUAACGUCGACUCAUCUGUGAUUGUCGGAUUGAAUUGGCGCUGCAUCGAACGGACCUCUGCUUUCAUGAUGGCAAUCCAUUAUGCAAGAACAGCCACCUACUGCUGA